AUUUCUCCCCAUCCAUCCACCAGUUUGGAUCCCUCAGCAUCUACAACUUUUGGCUAACCAACUUCUGGUCAAGACCAAAGAACUCUCAGAAGUGAAACAUGCAUAGUAAAGAUCAGAUUUGUUAUGAAGACUACCAGCAGACCGCCGACUGGCUGCUGUCCCAGACCCAGCACCGGCCCAAAGUGGCCAUCAUCUGCGGCUCAGGGCUGGGCUUGCUGGCAGACGCCCUCAAGUGCCAGGACUCCUUCAAGUAUGCAGACAUCCCAGGCUUCCCACAGAGUACAGUGCAGGGACAUGCUGGCAGACUGGUGUUUGGGGAUCUCAAAGGGAAGACGUGUGUGUGUAUGCAGGGCCGAUUCCACAUGUAUGAGGGACACUCGCUGUGCAAGGUGACCUUUCCUAUCAGGGUGUUCAAGCUCCUGGGCGUGGAGACCGUGAUUGUCACGAAUGCGGCUGGCUCGCUGAAUGACACCUACCACGUCGGCGACAUUAUGGUCAUCAAGGACCACAUCAAUUUCCCGGGUUUUGCUGGGCUGAACCCUCUAAACGGACCCAACGAGGAGAAAUUCGGACCCCGGUUUCCUGCCAUGUCAGGGAUAUAUGACAAGCACCUGCGGCGUAUGGCCUUCGACAUCUGCAAGAGCAUGGGCUACGCACAGUUUGUGCAGGAGGGCGUCUACUGCAUGGUGGGAGGGCCCAACUUUGAGAGCAUCGCAGAGGCCCGCCUUUUACACAAGCUUGGCGUGGACGCUGUCGGCAUGAGCACAGCCCCGGAGGUUGUGGUGGCUGGACACUGCGGCAUGAGGGUGUUCGGACUGUCCCUCAUCACCAACAAGGUGGUGAAGAGCUACGAUGACACGGAGGGCGUCAACCACGAGAGUGUCCUGGAGGUCAGUAAGAUGCGCUCAGAGACCCUGCAGACUCUGGUCACAGAGUUGGUGGGCCGCAUGGACAUCAACAACAACACUGCAUAAUGCCGGCAUCCUCAUCCUCAUCAUCAUCCUCAUCAUCAUCCUCAUCAUCAUCAUCCUCCUCCUCAUCCUCCUCCUCAUCCUCAUCAUCAUCACCAACAACAACAACAACAACAACACUGCAUGAUGCCAGCAUCAUCAUCAACAACAACAUCAACAAUGUCAACAAGAAAACAGACAGAACAGAGGUGACGGAACACUGCCUGGCUUGCUCCCAGACGAGACCCAAACUUAACAGUUCAUGCCACAAUAUUUGCAGCUAUUCAGUAUUGUCACAGAUUGUAAUGUGGUGCAAACAACAAGUGCAUUGUUGACUGUAUAAAUGUAACUGUAGUCCAUUUCAGUUUCAGUCUGUGUCUUGUAUGUUAUUGUGCUGUCAUACGAUUAAAUGGUAAGGUUUUCUAGUGAUUUAAAGAAUUACAAAUCCUUUUUACAUGGUACAUUGUCCUCCUCAGCAAAUGUGAAAGUAAGUGGAAAAUACAGAACAGUGGAAAAUAAUAAGGUGCACAUUUUUUAAAAGAAAAAUCUUGUUUAUAUAAUAUGUUUACAAAAAAGUGAUGGGCUACUAUAUAACUUAUAACAGUUGUCUUAGAUUAUCCUGUAUUUGAUGUCUACUUUGUCAAUAAAUAUAUGGCACUUAAAUCUGAAGAUUAAUAUAAACUGCAUUGUCUGUGCUUGUAUAUAAGAUUGGAUUUAAUGAUGCUUUAUGCAAUUUUGGUGCAAUCUGAUUUUUACCUGUAAGUAAAUGUACAUUAUUACUCAUGCAAUUAUUCUCAGAGCAUAUUUUGUAUGAAAUAAUGAUUCUUUAACCACAACAGAAAAUCUUUAAUAAACAUAUGUAAACCAA